AUGAAUGACAAAGUGCUGCGAGCUUGUGACCUUUGCUACUCGAGAAAGGUUCGCUGUGAUAAGCAGCUACAUUGUGCGAAUUGCACCGACGCAGGCGUCGAGUGCAGUCGUAAAAGGUCUCACCGACCUCGCCAGCAAUCAUCAUCGGUAAUAUCUGCCCUCGGGGAAAGAUUGUUAAACCUGGAAAGAACAAUCUCGGAGGGCAUUGAAAAUAGCAGUCCAUCAAAUGUUACAGAUCAUUAUGAUGGAGGUACGCCAUCGAAAAAAAGGAGGCUGUAUCAUGUCUCGCACAUAAAACAUGCUUCCCAAUCUCCCCCGGACGAGAGUGCCAUUGGAUCGACCACACACCAUGCAGAGAAGGCCAGAGCUGUUAUACAAGGAGAGCUUGAUGGAAAUGACUGCAUGGGUCGUGAAAGAAAGGCAAUCCUCAGGUCUGCUCUACAAUUUGUGGAUGUUACGGGCCAGAGGAGAACCUCGAUCAUUGACAAGUCUUCCCCGCUAGAAGCGCCUCUGGAAGAUUCUCAACAGGCUGGUCCAUUUAUUACGCCAUCACCAGAGUUGCUUUACAUGCUUCUUUCGGAACCGACGCCUGCCAUCGGACGUUCUACUUGCAUACAGUGGCCAGAUCACAUCUCGGAUAAAACACUAGAGAAGAUGGCUUCAACCAUUCUUAGUGAAAAAAGUCACGAGCAUGGGCAGGUAGUUUACCAGUAUUCUAUAUGCGUUUAUGUGAAGGCCAUCUUCCAUCUCUACCAAAAACCGAGAGCAUAUAAGGAUCCCCGCCUCAACGCACAAUUUCUCAAGUCCAAGAAAUUGUAUGAAACGUAUGCCUUCCGCGCUAUCAGGAAUCUCAAUUUCUUGGGUGUUCCAACUCUUCCUUUUAUCCAGUCGCUGGUAUCUGCGGCAUUUCUCAUGCAGUAUCUUGGCAACAUGAGCCAAUCCUGGGUUCUCAACUCGUACGCUGCUCGUCUGAUCUCCGUUCUGGGCUAUCAUGAAAUUCGCAAUCCACACGGGAAUUCAAACCUCAAUGAGGAGAUCCACAGUGCUGUAUGCUGGUGCUUUUACCUUGACCGAACUCUGAGCACCCUUCUUUACCGACCACUGUCGCUGCCCGAGCCUUGCAUCUCUCCCUAUCUCAGUAGUCCCGACCAGUCUCUCCCCCAUAUCCCAUUGGUACGAGCUUUAUUCGACUUGGCCCAGGUCCAAGGAGAGUUGCUGAAUUGCGGAAAGGCGGAUAACACUCGCCAAAUAAUCGCCAACCAUUCAAGACUCCAAGAACAAAUGGAGGUCAUACAUUCAAAAUUGCAAUCUGGUCGAGUCGCGGCACCAGGCUGUAUCGCUUCCGAUUGGAUUGCAGCUGAAUUUUGUUAUUACGCGAUUCUAGUUGAUGUUCUUCGAUCACGUUUAAAGUGUACAUUUUCUCCUUUGACACACAAGGAAUGUGUAUCAUAUUCUCGCAAGUCUCUUAGGGCACUGCAUCACCUUCAGAAAAACCUCGCAGAUAGCCCGGGCUUCUCGGAUCCUUAUCCCUCCUUCCUAACAUGGACUGUUCUUCUAUACCCCUUAAGUCCAUUCUUUGUUCUCUUCUGCAACAUCAUUGGAGAAUUAGACAUGGAUGACUACAAUCUUAUGCAAGACAUCACGCAAAGCCUAUCUCAGUUCACCACAAGUCCAUACAUCUCAAAGCUUCUGAAACUUCUGGAUCACUUGCAGAACCUCUGCGUCCCAUUGAUCCAAGCUAAGCAGCGCAUGGGCCCGCAAGUCAAAGUCCCUAUGCUGUACCCUUCAAUGACGGGGACCUGGUACGACUAUCCGGCUAGUACUGAUGACCAGGCACAUCUGUUAACGACUGGGUCUCCCUGUAUGGAUCCGGUUGCGCAAACAAACCCUCAGAACUUGCCAACACCCUGUGAUGGAAGCUAUUCUGCUGACGAUGCGAUGAUGUGGCAAUUAUUUAACAGCGAACUCUCGCUCGAUUGGUUCGAGUCUGAUCUUUUUUCUUAUUGA